AUGCCGGAAUACUUCGCUGAGUACGGCCGCCGAGAGCCUGAUUCCGAGAUCCGGACACCACUUGCUUUUGGAUUUGGCCAGCCAGAGAUGACGCCGUACGAAGUUUACUACCAAGAACCAAGGAGAAGGGACCAGUUCCAGAAAGCCAUGAAAAUGGCACAGUAUGCGGCACCUUUCACCGGCUCGUACGACUUUACAUGGAUCAAGGAGAAAAUUCGAAACAUGGACCAGCAACGGGCAGUGCUCGUGGACGUCGGCGCCGGAAAUGGUCACGUCACUAAGGCCAUAUUGCAGGAAAAUUCGUUCAUCCCAACGGAACGCGUCGUACUUGAGGAUAAAGAGGACGUACUAAAUGCUGUUGCUGCGAUGAGUGACCCAGGGCUUAAGGGCGUCAAGUUGCAAACCCACGACUUCCAAACGAUGCAACCUAUCAAACCCAUGGCAUCCGAUAGCAGGCUCCUCAUUGCCGACAACGUCAUACCCAAUCCGCCUCCGAUUUCGGAAUGCAUGCUGGACUUUACCAUGUUGAAUAUUGCUGGCAAGGAGAGGACUGCCACUGCUUUCAACGAGAUAAUCACCCUUGCGGGACUGAGAAUGGUAAAGGUACAUGGGAUGGAUAAGAAAUUGCAGGUUGUCGAAUGUGUCAAGGCUUGA